UCGUCAAUACAAGUAUUUUCGAUUUUGACAUUGCAUUGUAUUGUAAUAUUUUUUUCUAUGAAUAUAAGAAACAAGGAGAAAAUUGAAAAUAAAUAAUUCAAUAUUAUUAGUUGUAUACCAGACACCGACUCUUUUAUAUCGAAUAAUAUUAUUAUAAUACCUUUUAUCAUGGCUUCAACGAGUGCAGAUUCACAAUCCACAAUAGCUCAAAAGACAUGGGCAAUGGCAAACAAUAUAGAAACUGUUUCCAGUGUUGAUGAUAUUUACCGAUACGAUAAAAAACAGCAACAAGACAUCCUUGCGGCAAAACCAUGGGAGAAAGAUCCACAUUUCUUUAAAGACAUUAAAAUUUCUGCAUUAGCAUUGCUGAAAAUGGUAAUGCACGCUCGUUCUGGUGGAACUCUUGAAGUUAUGGGAUUAUUAUUAGGAAAGGUAGAUGCAAACACAAUGAUUGUAAUGGAUUCUUUCGCCUUGCCUGUAGAAGGGACUGAAACUCGAGUAAAUGCACAGGCCCAAGCUUAUGAAUAUAUGACGGCUUAUAUUGAGGCAGCAAAGCAGGUUGGUCGUCAUGAGAAUGCAAUUGGUUGGUACCACAGCCAUCCUGGUUAUGGUUGUUGGCUGUCCGGAAUUGAUGUCUCUACACAAAUGCUUAACCAGAACUUCCAAGAGCCAUUUGUGGCAAUUGUCAUAGAUCCAGUUAGAACCAUCUCGGCUGGAAAAGUUUGCCUGGGAGCUUUCAGAACAUAUCCUAAGGGUUACAAGCCAGCCAAUGAGGAACCUUCUGAAUACCAAACCAUACCUCUAAACAAGAUAGAAGACUUUGGUGUUCACUGCAAACAGUACUAUUCUCUUGAAGUCUCCUAUUUCAAGUCAUCAUUAGAUAGGAGGCUAUUGGAUUCACUAUGGAACAAAUAUUGGGUGAACACUCUGAGCAGCUCUAGUCUUAUUACAAAUGCUGAUUAUACCACUGGACAGAUUUUUGAUCUCUCUGAUAAGUUGGAACAAAGUGAGGUGUCAUUGGGCCGUGGCUGUUUCAUAGUUGCUGGUGCUGAUCCCCAUGAAAAACGUACAGAAGAUAAACUUGGCAAGGCUACCAAGGAUGCUUGCAAAACCACCAUAGAAGUGAUCCACGGUUUGAUGGCACAAAUGAUCAAGGAUAGGUUAUUUAAUAGUGUUAGUGGCAGACCAGCACCUGCUACACCCAUGAUCGAGUAAUUGCAUAUUUUCCUUAUAACUAAGUACGAGAAUGUCAUAAGAAAUUGUAAGCUAAUAGAUAUUUAAGUAACUC